AGUCCACGAGCGCUGGGGUCCACCUGCGUGCCUGCUGUUCUCUCUCCUCUUGUGGACACCCCUAAAUGAGUACCAAAAUGUCGCCCUCGUUGUCCCCUCGUUUCUUUUCCGAAAAGGAGGUAGCCAAACAUUGCACCAAGGAUUCGUGCUGGGUGUUGUUAGGGACGCGCGUCUACGAUGUGACGGCGUUCCUGCGGAUGCACCCCGGCGGAGAGGCGCUCAUCCUCCGCCGCUCGGGGAAGGACAUCAGCCUGGAGAUCGAGGGACCCCCGCACCGGCACUCGGAGAACGCCCGGAGGUGGAUGGAGCAGUACUACAUCGGGGAACUCGACAGAGACAGCACGGAUGAAGACACGGAGGAGGUGAGUCCUGAAGUAACAAGAUAAAGUCGCUCGAAUUAUCACAAGCAUCGUUGUUUUGAGGAAGUUUAACUUUACGAGAGGUCACAUCUUAAGACGGCAAUGAUUCGUUCAGGAAAUGCAUUGCUCCACAUAAACAGAGCAAGAAAGGUGAUUUCUUCUGAAGGGAAUACAUUUUUUGGUACUUUUUUAAAGUGCUGUCAGAUUUAUGUUAGAAACUUUAUUCUUUUAAAGAGACCCAAAUAUGUAAAUUGUCAUCAAUUAAUCACCAUUUACUUAUUUCAAACCGUUAUCAGUUCGUUUCUUCUGUUAAACACAAAGGAACAUAUUUUGAAAAAACGUUGGGAACCUGUAACCACUGACUUCCAUAGUAUUUGUUUUCCUACUAUGGAAGUCAAUGGUUACCGGUUUUUCAGCUUUCUUCAGGAUAUCUUUUGUUUUCAGCUGAAGAAAGAAACUUAUAUUAGAAGCACUUGAGGAUGAGUAAAUAGUGAGUACAUUUAUAUUUUUAGGUGAAAUAUCUGAAUUUGUGGUACUUGUUUGUUCAUGAUUCGGGCCUGUUUGAGCAGUACUCAAGUCACUAACUCACUGAAUCAAUAAAUUAAAUAUUGACUUAAUUUUUUCAUCUUUAUUAAAA